AUGGAAGGGGAAUAUGCUGGUGUAAUCACGUUUAUGAAAUGGUGUGCUGAAAUGAUCAGGAAGCUCGAUGUGAAUCAGUUCCAAAAUGUCCAUUCUUGCCGCAGUGGGCUAUCGGAUUCUUGUCUCAGAUCGUUGAAACGGGGCAUCCAGGGAUUCUUUCAAUUGUCUGUUUCUGGGUUGUUGUUCUAUUGGUCCUGCUCUCACGUAGAUGAGCAAUUGCAUAUGGAUUUAUAG